CCCAUUUCCGUCGACGUGUAGUCUUCUACCCCAUUUGUUUUUCUGUCAGGUUAUGUUGGAAAAAGACUUUACGCCAGUUCGACAAGAAUGAGAAUUUUCAAACUUACCUUCUUGCUACUUACCAUCUUAGUGAUUCUCUCUGCUGUGGACGUUGGUGAAUGCGGAAAAUUCAUAAACGGAGUGAAAACAGUUGGAGGAAAGAUUGGAGGAGCGAUAAAAACAGUUGUAAAAGGCGUCGUAAAGUUUGAAAAGGCGAUUGAUAAAUUUGGAGGAGAAAUAGUUCCUAAAGUGUUAGACAAACUCACAAAACAUUGAUAUUUCAUGCUCGAUUGUCGAUAAACCCUUGCAUUGUGA